ACGUGUCAAAACUUUGAGCGGAAAACAAUGCUCGGUUAGUGGUUACUGUCAACACAGCUGUACGAAGGGCCACUCACUGAGCUUAAAGAGAAAACCGCAACGGUACACCUGCGUGUCUUCUGUGAUUCUGCUGCGAAUUUCGCCGGUCAAGCUCCUCCAAGAUGACGUCAGCGUGGUCAGUGGGAAUACUCUUCGUCCUGCAGUUCAUCCUUGGCAACGCACAGGCUCCCCCCGAGGACUGCUCCAGCCUGCCUCUCCUCCAAGUUAGCUUUGAGGAUACAACUCUGAAUGGCUGCGGGACGGAGGGACAACAACCCUUGUACAGAAGUGUGAAGAGCGUCAGAUACGAGAACGUCGAAGUGGGCGAGACGUACACAUUGUUAAUGGUGGACCCCGAUGCCCCGAACCACAAAGCUGGUGAAGCCUGGUUGCACUGGAUCCUUUCAAACGUUGAGGCAAGCGAUUUACAGAACGGCAAUAUCGGGAAUGGAAAUAUAGUGGUUGAGUACAAAGGACCCACUCCUCCAAGGGGUAGCGGCACGCACCGUUAUUUCUUCUACCUGUAUAGGGAGAGCCAGAAGCAGUUGCCGGGCGUCAGCAAGAGGGGAAAGUUCGUUCUCCAGACCUACGCCGAAGAGAAUGGACUUCUUGGCCCCAUCGCCAUGAACAUGUUUAAAACAUCUUUCCAGUAGGGGAAAGUAUUCACCCUUCUUUCCCUUUUUUGAGAUUAUAUGCAUUGUUUGUAUAUCUAAUAUUAAGUGUUGGAGGUAGGUUACCAUGUAUGCGUUAAUGUGAUAAAUAGGUGCUUGAUUUACUGUAUAUACUUAUAUGGACUCUUAAGGUUAAUGUUAGUGCACAAUAUCCUUAUAAUUUCUUAGGUUUAUUCUCGUUUGCUCUUUUUUUCUUCUUUAAUUAACAGAGGGAGCCUAUCCAAUCACAUGCUUAUUUCACAAUGUCUGCACAAAGAAAUGUAGUUAAACGAUCAAGUUAAAAACACCAACUGAAGCGAUACAUUUUCGUUUUAUUUACAGUAUUUACCAGUGUAGAAACUAGCUUUGUUAAAGAGUAUAAUUAUUUCAAGGAAAAUGUCAGUGUUCUCUGACUUUAGUGUGUGUUAAGGAAAUAAUAUGAUGAAGCCUGCUGAAAAAAAACGACCUAUGAGUUAAAGAGUAAGUUAUCUUUUUUAACGGAUAUUUUUCGAGGAAACAAUUGUUCUAUCUUGGGAGACUGAAGUAUCAAGAUGAGGAUUGAUAAAUUAACAUAUAGUUUAAGAUUCUGCUUUAGCCUGAGAUAAUGGUGUUUGAAAUGCACUCUAAUUAUUCUGUUAUCCAAUCUGCGGAUUUAACGGCUGUAUUUCAUUGGUGUAUGCAAAUAAAAUAUAUAGCAGAGAAA